UCACCCCAAACAGAUUUUGAAGGUUUCCCCAUGGUGUCUUCUCUCAUUGAUUACGACACUAAAUGGUGGAAAGUUGAGGUGUCUCAUAUGGAUUGGCAACAAAAAAGGCACAUUUACAGUCAAAAGUGCUUACCAUAUUGCCUCAAGUAUGGUGGACCUAGACGAGGAUGGAGAAUGCUCAUCUGGUAAUGAAAGGACCUCUCUAUGGAAGAGAAUCUGGCACCAGAAAAUUCCACCAAAACUAAAAAUAUUUGCUUGGAGGACAUGUGUCAAUGGCCUUCCUACUAUGUUUAAUUUGAAUCAUAGAGGUAUCCAAUGUUCAAGUUUCUGCCCUCUUUGUGACAAGGCUAUUGAAACCACAGCCCAUGCACUUUUCCACUAUGAUCAUGCUAAGCUGACUUGGGCUCAUUGGCAUAAUUGUCCUAUUGAUUUAUCCCACUGUACCAGAGAACCAGUGGACUUUGCAUUGGCCAUUGCUGAAAAAGACUCCUCCUUUGCCUUGGAACUCUUCUUUGCUGUUGCUUGGUCCAUUUGGUGGAAUCGUAAUCAAGCUCUUCAUGAUGAUUCUGGUGCCCCUCCAAGACAGAUUUGGGAUAUGGCUAAUCGAAUCCUUGGUGAGUAUAAGGAAGCAUGUUCUUUCUCUAAUCUACCACAGGUCCCUUCUUUGACCAAAUGGAGUGCCCCCCCUGCUGGUUUCUUCAAAAUAAAUGUUGAUGGCGCCGCCUCGGAUGAUGGUAAGCCAUCUAGCAUUGGCGUGAUAAUCCGAGACUGCCAAGGCUCCCCCACUGCAGCCUCCAGCAAGGUCCUUUCAUCGCCUUUUUCAGUUGAGAUUACAGAAGCUUUGGCUUUACAAGAGGGUGUGCUGCUAGCAUCAGAGAUGGGGCUCUCCAAAGUUAUUUUUGAAGGUGAUGCCCUCCCCAUUAUACAAGCUGUCAAUGAAGGUAACGUAGGUAGUGACUUUGGGCACAUUAUUCAGAACAUAAGGGACCUUUCUUUGUCUUUUUCUUGGUGUUUAUUCCAGCAUCUGAAUCGGAAUGGCAACAGAGUUGCCCAUGAUCUUGCAAAAGAAGCUAGGCGGUCUGGUGUAUCUCAAGUUUGGAAAGGUGUUGUUCCAAGUGUUGUUGAAAUUCUCAUUUGUAAUGAUCGUGGCUUGUAA